UCAUGGCGAGGAUCGCGGGCGGGCGCGGGGCCCAUGCGGUCGUUUGGGUCAAGCAAGGCUCUGCUCAGAGCCAGCCUGAUGCAAUCAUUACUGGGUGAAACCUUAUUCGAGUUAGUUUAUAUCUUUAGUUCGAUUGAACCAAAUGAGAAUACGGACAGCUUAAAUACCCGCCCCUUACCCACCCGCACAAUGGACACCGCGGGCACCCGUGCUCUAAACCCAGCGACGACUACGGCGUUUCCUCGGCGAUCGGCUGUCUUCCUCCCUAUCGGCGAACAGCGGAAGCAACGGCGGUGUCUUCAUCCGCCGAGUUCCUGUCGCUGCGGCGUUUUCCUCGGUGAACGGCGGCUGCCGCGUCUUCCUCUCCAUCGGCGAAACAGCGUCUCCGCCCCCCCGGAUAAAGACACCAACAUUGAUAGAUUAGAUUCAGUGUUACCUGUGCAAACUCUUCGAAACUUUCCCAUUGAGAAACUUUAUGGAGAAGUUGUCAUGGUUCGGCUUGAUUCUGCUCUUCUGCUGAAUUUAAGGGUUUCUGAUGAUCUCUCUUUAAAUAGAGCAAUUUUAACUAUCAAGUAUCUAUACAAUGCUGGGGCUAAAGUAAUUUUAGCAAGCAACUGGCCUCAGGCCAAUGCUUCAAGGCUUCUUUCAAAAGAGGCCUUUGCAGAUCACUUGUCAGCGCUUCUCAAGGUUAAAGUUGUGCCUGCAAAUGAUUCUUCUGCCAUCUUGCAAUUCAAGAUGAAAAACGUGGAAAAUGCAGAUGUACUUCUUCUUGACAACUUGACAAAUAAUAAAGAAGAAGUUGCAAAUUCCUACGAGUUCUCCAAGACAUUGUCAUCUGGUGUCUCCAUCUUUGUUAAUGAUGCCUUCUCACUAUCACAUAGGGUUCUUGCUUCAACUGUUGGUGUUGCCCGCUUUUGCCAUGCAUCUGUUGCUGGUUUUCAUUUUGAGGAGGAAUUGUUGCAACUAAUGAAGAUCAGUGAGACCAAAAAACAACCUUACGUUGCCAUAAUUGGAGGGAGUAAUUUCCUGAAAAAAGCUAAUACAUUGCAUGUUUUAGCUUCUACAUGUGAUGGACUGAUUUUCAUUGGAAAGCUAGCAUUUCAGAUAAUGAAUGGUUUCGGACUUUCGGUACCUACCCACUUAGUGGAACAUGAUGCUGUUAAAGAAGCACUAGAACUGAUCAAACUUACACAACAAAGAAAGAUUCCAAUUUAUUUUCAGAAAGAUUUUGUGUGUGUCAAAGUUGGCAAGCCUGAGCUGGUGGAGAUAUACGCUUAUAAUGAAAUCUUGGCAGGUUGGGUGCCUGUGGAUCUAGGGCCAGUUUCAAUGAAAGAAACCUCUUCUAUGCUCUCAACAUGCAAGAAAGUCAUAUUGAUUGGUUCAGUAAGUUUUGGUUCUUUAGAGGAAGAUAACGUAAGAACAUCUCAAUUGGUAUCCGUACUUGAAAGAAUAAGCAAAAAUGGCAGUGAGGUGAUUCUUAUUGGGAAUGCAGCCUGCAAAGCGUUUGCAGGAAAAUCAAGUUAUUCUAAUCAGUAUUCAGUGUUUAGAAAUGCAUCAGUUGCUUGGGAGUUUCUCAGAGGAACAAAGUUGCCAGGUGUGGCAAUAUUAGAUAAAGCCUUUCAAUACAAUCUCAAUUGGCGUGCCAUAUUUGCAGAUCCCACUAAACCUAUAGCAGUCGAUAUUGGCAGCGGAAAUGGCUUGUUUAUUUUGAAGGUGGCUAGAAAAUGCACAGAUUUAAACUUUCUUGGGCUUGAGAUUAACAGGAAGCUUGUUCAGAGAUGCUUAGAUAAUUUGCAUCAAUCUGAGUUCAAAAAUGGAUAUUUUAUAUCAACAAAUGCAACCUCUACAUUCCGUUCUAUAGUUUCUAGUUAUCCUGGAGAUUUGGUACUUGUCGCAAUACAGUGCCCGAAUCCUGAUUUUAACAGAGAGGACCAAAGAUGGAGGAUGGUACAGAGAGGACUUGUUGAAGCAAUCUUGGAUCUGCUUAUUACAAAUGGAAAGGUGUUUUUACAGUCUGAUAUCAAGACUGUUACAACGAGAAUGAAACAUCUGUUCAUUACUUAUGGAAAGGGUAAACUAGUAGUGGAUGGGGAUGACAGGGAUUGGAUGGAGGAGAAUCCUUUUGGUGUUCAGACUGACUGGGAGCAGCAUGUGAUUGAACGUGGAGCUCCUAUGUAUAGAAUUAUUCUCAAAAAGGUUUGAUCGCUUGCAAAGGUGUUUUUACGGUCUGAUAUCGAGACUGUUUCAACGAGAAUGAAACAUCUGUUCAUUACUUAUGGAAAGGGUAAACUAGUAGUGGAUGGGGAUGACAGGGAUUGGGAGCAGCAUGUGAAUGAAUGUGGAGCUCAUAUGUUUAGAAUUUAUGCUAAAAAAGGUUUGAUCGCUUGCCAAGGUACCAAUCACAUUUACUCUUGUUGCCUUUUUUCUUUUUUUUUAACUUUUAAUGAUGCAUGUUAGAUACUUGGCUAUGACCAAAUGGCUUAAGCUAUCACAGCAUUUGGGGUGUCUUUAAUUGA